AUGGACGCCAUGGUUUGCAAGGACGCAGCUGAGGCGUCAACAAGGACGAUGUCUGCUGGCUUCAUACUACGCAGCUUUCCACAAGAGCUUGUAGAUAAAGUGAUGAAUCACCUAACUCCAAACGACUUCGCCACUAUCGCGAGACUGAGUCGUAACAAUCGGGACGAUAUCGAGCCACAUCUGUACAAAGUUUUCUUCACCAAGACUUGGCAUCCACACGACACAAUGGGUCUAGUGAAACUGCUGACCAGGAGACCUGAAAUUAUUCCCAUGUUACGGCACCUUGUAUUCGAUGAGUUUCAUCCUCAAGGUCUUCGACUGCUCUUUUCGAUUUUGAUGCCGAAUUUGCAGAGCGUACAUAUUGCUUUCAGAGAAUUCAUUCAUUGUUCGCUAGAAGAGGACGAGAUCAAGUCCCUAAACGAGAUGAUAAAGCCUCAAACUACACUUCGCAAAGGUUCGUCGCAACCAUAUGAUUUUCAUGACCAUGUCAUUAAUGAGCGAACAGUUACGAUCUUUUGUACACGUUCUGCAUGUGGUUGGUCGGACCACCUUCCACAAUGGGACUCUUCACUUUUGGAGUUGAAAGAGCAAGAUUUGCCUCUAAUCUGUCAUCCAAACAUUGAGAAUCUUCAUCUAUUCAAUAUAGAUGUCGAAGCAUUCACCAAGGCAGCGACUAAACAACCUAGGUACGAACGUUUGACAACGCUAUCACUCGAGAUAGUGAAAUUUCCAUCGAAACUGCUCGACACAUGGAUUCAACCUUCUAAGCUAUUGAGAAAUGUUACGAUUACGCACAUAGACUGCACAACUUGGCCGCCAGAAAACUAUUUUUCAGGGCUAGCGGAAAAAGCUGAUAUGGUGGAAAUGUUGACACUAAGUUGGAGCCAACGCUGUGCGACCAAAUUUAGCACGUCAAUCGACCUCAAAACGUUCAAAGCACUUAAAUUACUGGUCAUCUACCCAUUGAUCCCUGGAUCACAUUCCGGGUCACAAAACAACAACAACCUGAGCUUGGAUAUUGGUGACCUUAUCACUCACCAGCUUCCACCUCAUCUAGAGAAGUUAGGUUUCGGACUACCUCGACAUCGUGGCGAAGUCAUGGGCAUUGAUGGACUAAGGAGAUUAUUGAAAGAAAUACUCGAUCAUAAGACCACUGUCGCGCCCCGUCUCAAAGAAUUGCAUGUCGAAGAAUUGGAGCAUAUGUUGAAAUACAUGCUGAAAUGGGGUGAGAACCUGACCGAUAUUGCGAAACUCCGUGGUGUGGAACUUGUCAGUCUUGAUACCUCAACGGAGCAGAUUGGGAAGAAUGUGAAAAAAUGGUUUGCUAUAAGCGACGGGAUUUCAGGGGGGCCGUCAUAUCGUCGGCUUUUCAGGCGCCUCGAGUGGCCAUCGCGUCGCGCACAAGACAAAUGCGAGGAUGACGCUAGAUACUACGAAGAUUACCCCAGUGACUCGUCAUCUGACUGGUCAUGA